AUGGUCUUCAUGGACCAGGACAAGGCUUUCGACCUGUGGACAUACCCCACUAGCCAGGUGGUGGGCAAAUACAGGUGUGAGGCUAACGGACUAGACGAGGAAGGUCAUCCCCUGACUGCAGUGGCCGAAACAGUGGUAGAAAAAAAAGAAGCACAAAUUGGCAUGAUUCUUGAUGAGAUGAAGGAAAUGAAAACAAAGAUGACGGAAAUGAAAACACAGAUGACAGAAAUGGACACCAAGUUCAACGACCUGAGGACCCGCGUAGAUAACUCUAAAGCCGCCUUUACAGAAGCCACCACAAGCUAUGGGAACAGUCACUACAUACUUUCCAAGCCAACGUUUCGGAACGUCGCAGAAGGAAACCGACUCUGCCGACUUUAUGGCGGAUAUCUGGCAGAAAUCAAUGACAGGCAGGAGUUCGAUUAUCUCGCUGAUUAUUUAUCUCACAUCACUUCUACUGCUGAAGGUGUCAUGCUCGGUGCUACAGACGAAGGCCAAGAGGGGACGUGGAGAUUUCUUACCUCAGGUGGAAACAUGUCUACUCUUGUGUGGCUUCCCCACGAACCCAACGGGGGAACUCGUGAAAAUUGCCUGUGUAUCUGGAAAGCUACUAAGCUCAUGGUUGACUGUACGUGUCUUCAUACACCCGUUUUGCUAGCACACUUUCUGUGCGAAAUCCCUGUUUGAAUUGUAAAUUAUGUGUGAAAUCUCUGUUUGAAUUGUGAAUUCUGAGCGAAAUCUCUAUUUGAAUGGUGAAUUCUGUGUGAAAUCUCUGUUUGAAUUGUGAAUUCUGAGCGAAAUCUCUAUUUGAAUGGUGAAUUCUGUGUGAAAUCUCUUUUUGAAUUAUGAAUUCUUUGCGAAAUCUCUUUUUGAAUUAUGAAUUCUGUGCGAAAUCUCUUUUUGAAUUAUGAAUACUGUGCGAAAUCCCUGUUUGAAUUGUGAAUUUUGUGUAAAAUCUCUUUUUGAAUUAUGAAUUCUGUGCGAAAUCUCUGUUUGAAUUAUGAAUUCUGUGCGAAAUCUCUGUUUGAAUUGUGAAUUUUGUGUAAAAUCUCUUUUUGAAUUAUGAAUUCUUUGCGAAAUCUCUUUUUGAAUUAUGAAUUCUGUGCGAAAUCUCUUUUUGAAUUAUGAAUACUGUGCGAAAUCCCUGUUUGAAUAGUGAAUUCUGUGCGAAAUCUUUGCUUAUAUUAUGAAACCUUGGUCAAAUCAACAAUUUUAACUUGGUUCCUUUUUUUAUUUCAUUGUUAACCGAAGGAAAAAAUUUUGAGAGCA